UCUGGUGUCCCCUGGCCUCCCUGGGGCCUCAGAGCGCUUCCCUUCUCGGAUUUCCCUCGCAGCACCUCUCGACCCUGCCCGCGGCCACCGCCUGCUCCAACGGGGCUGUCCGGAAAAAAAAAAAAAAAAAAAAAAAAAGGCAAAAAAGGCAAAAGAAAGAGUAAAGCCAGCCGUAGUUGGAUAGAAGAAGAGAGGUUGAAGAGCAAACCCAGCGGCGGGGCAGGGAGCCCGCGGGGCGGGAGCACGGCGGAGGCGGCGCUCAGGGCCACCCACUGUUAGGGAAAGCGAAAGUGAAGGCCACAUGUUUUCCGAGAAGGCGGGGAGGAGCCGACCAGAGCUCCGCCGCGUUAAAUAAAAAGCCGGGGCGAUGCGCCGCCACAGAGCGCUGGAGGUGCCGGGAGCGCUGGAGGUGCCGCUCGCCCGCCCGCCCCGCGGCAGCCCCGGCUCGCCGCGGCGCCAGGCAGGGGCCCCGCCGGAGGAUGCUCGGCCGGCCCCCGGGGCCAGGACCAGGACUAGCAGCAGGACUGAGACUGGCAGCGUGGGCUGCGCUCCGGGGACGGCCCCCACCCGCGGCACCCCGAGAGUAGCUGCUGGAAGGCCACCCUGCCGUAGCCGCUGACGCUAUGGAAGACCGCAUCCGCUGCUCUCGGCUGUAGGAUGGUAGCGCACAGCAAGGUGUCAGCAGAUAAUGCACUUGGAGCAGACCCAAGACGGCUUCUUGACCCUCCGGCACGGGAUCGCUCACAGGCACGAGGCUUCCAGGGCCCCGGCCGGCCCGGCACUGUGCAGGCACAGGGCACCACACACUUCCGAACCUUUCGCUCCCAAGCGGAUUUCAGUAGCAUCACUCGAGCCAGCAGCCUGCUGGAUGCCUGUGGCUUCUACUGGGGACCUCUGACUGUCAGUGCUGCCCACGAGAAGCUGAAGUCUGAGCCCGAGGGCACCUUCCUCAUCAGGGACAGCACACAAAAGAAUUGCUUCUUUGCCAUCAGUGUUAAGACUGCAACUGGGCCCACCAGUAUCCGGAUUAACUUUCAGACUGGGCGUUUCAGCCUGGAUGGCAGCAAAGAGACUUUUGACUGUCUUUUUAAGCUGCUGGAACAUUACCUAAACUCCCCGAGGAAGGUACUGGUUACCCCCCUUCGCAAGGUGCGGGUGCAGCCACUGCAGGAGCUCUGCCGGAAAAGCAUCGUGAAGACUUUUGGAAGAGAAAACUUAAAUCAGAUCCCACUCAAUCCUGUUUUAAAGGACUACCUGAAUGCCUUCCCAUUUCAGAUAUAAGUGCAGCAUUAACUGUAUAGGGACACAUUAGACAUGUGUAACAAAAUCCAUCUUCCUGGGUUUUUAACUAUGUUUGACAGUGAGCAAACUUAUUUUUGUAGCAGUUUACUGUAUUUUGUGAUGGAACCUGAACACUUGACUUCUUAUGUUUACAAAAACUGUUUGCACAAACCUGGGGUUUUAAAACCCUGGCAUAAUUUUUCUGCCAAGCAGAAUAUUUUACUAUUUUAUAAUAUUUUUAAUGAUAUUAACAUAAUAAACUUUAUUGUCACAGUUUUUAAAAAAAUAGCAUCUCUGGUUUUAGUUUUAAAGGCUCUGGCACCUAUCCUGCUGGCAGAUUAACUGCUUAACUGAGUGUGUAAGUGCAGACAGGUCUCCACAUGGUCCUGCUUCUUUGCCCUAGCAAAUUAAUCUGUCUUAGUGCCGGUCCAGCAGGCAGAGGAUUCCUGCCUGCAAAAGCCUACAACAAAAAAGGGCAAGCAAGUAGAAAAUAUACUCAGGGUGAAUCUGCUCAGGAAUCCGGCAUUCUCCUAAAUCCAUGAGAGCAGGGACAAUGUCUUAAGACUGCAGUGAUGCACAGUUUUUGACAGAGUAAAUCCAACCCUUGGCUGAGCAAACUGCACCAACACUGGUUUGCCUUAUUUCUGUGGAAAGAUGAAAACCCUAAGCCAGAAGAUGUUGCUGUCUGAUAGAACCAAACUCCAUGAACCUCGGUGGGGAAAAAUAAAACUGUCCAGAAAUGCUCUUCACACACUUUUAAAGCCUGUGAAUCCUGUAUCAUUGUGGUGCAUUGGGGAAAGGAUAGCUUAGUUCCCUUUGAAAAUUUGCAUACACAAAUGGCAAAGGUGCAGACAUCCUUAUACAUAAAAAAAGACAUUUCUAAUCUUAAAUUCCUCCUGAUUUACAGAGCAGAGAUUUGGCAUGAUAAAAGAAUCUAUGACUUAGGUCCAUGACAGGAUCCAGAGAACAUAAUCCUCUGCAUUUGCAGCUGUAAUAUCUAGUGGCUAAACUGUAUUCAGAGAAAGUUAAACUACAUUAACUGUUCUGUUUCCAUCUGCUCACAAAACACAAAACCAGUGCCCCCAGAAACUGCAGCUGUGAAUGACUUGAAAUGCCUGAUUUGGCAAAGUGUCACCUGCAUUAUGAGAAAGUGAUUCUCCUCUCCCCCAAGCAUUUCCUGAAAUCCAUGAAAAGCUGACUUAGAAAAACAGCUGAACCAAAUCACUUCAAAGAAGGCACAGAGUCUUUCACAGAAGUGUACUCUAUCAGCCCAGAUCUACAGUGCUUACAGGAACUGCAAGCAGUAAAUGAAGUAAUCUUCAGAGUUUGGGAGAUAAAAGGUCUCUCCCCCUACAGUAAUUCACAUUCCUUUUAAAGAUAAAGCCACUUUUAGGAGACACUGACUGUAUGUUCCAUAGUGAUCCUUAGUGAAUCAUUUGUUUAAUAUUUACCAAAUUAGCUCUUACUUCAUUGAUAUUUCUUUGGAAUAAAUAGGUUUCCUCCUCAGUCAUGACUAAGGAUAACUCAGUAGACUGGACCUUAUGAAAAAAGGGAAAAAGAACACACAGGCAGUUAUCAUGUGAGUUUCUGAUGUGUUGCUUCCCUAAAAGUGUUCUUUGGAUCAGUCCUAAAACAGCAGAAAGCAUUUCUGCUUAAUUCUAAAACUGGAAUUAGUUGUCAAAUGAUGCAUUUUCCCACAGCAGCUGCAAGGAUAUAAAUUUGGGAAGUAGUGAAUGCUGUGCUAUGCAGCAGAUAGGAGACUGGAGCAAAGUCUGAAUGUGAAUAGCAUUGUUAAAUUGGAAAAAAAGUAAUUGUAGGGUGAAGGCUGCCAGACUGGUUUGUUGUCAGCAGAGAUUGUUAUCCCUUCCCCAUACUCUUUUCCCCAGCUCCACACUACUUAAUCUUUUAACCCUUCAGGCUCCGAACGAAUGGCUCUUGCCCUGCUAUACAGAUGGUAGAACAAGCACAAUGUAACUUAGAAGGUUCUCUGCCUCUGAGAAAACCAAGCAAAACUAGACCUAGAUAUGGAAUAAAGGGCUUCCCACUGAGAGGUGUGGAAUGAAAAGCAUAAGAAUUGAGUCAAUUUCAUUUUCUUCCUGGCAGAAAUGAACCUGUUUUCUUUCUUCUAUUGCUUUUGAGUAAGUUUAGCUUAUUUAGAAAUAUUUAGCUUAUUUAGAAAUAAGCCAUAACCUCCCACAUGAGGUGCCUAAAUAUCUUCAUUUUGUCUUUAUUAUGAAAUGCAAAUAUGGGAUAACUCAGAAAAAAAAAUAUAACCAAAUCUAUAAAUAAGGACAAGUAGGUGAGAAUUGUAUAAAAUGAGUCUUAAGAGGAGACAAAGCUGACUUGUAUUUUUAAAUUACAUUAUCUUUACCUGCCUUAUUUUUCUUCCCCUUCCUUUCCUUCUCUCUUUCUCCCCAGCAUACAAUAGAGUGGUCAGGCAGAUCCUCCUUCUAAUAGGUACAUAUGGGUUGCUCAAAUGCAAUAAGGAAAUCCUAACCACAGGAUGUGUGUUCACAAUAUCACUCUGACUUUCCUUCUAUAAGAGCAAAUGAAGGCCUCUCUAAAAUG